AUGGGAACUGAGAACAACGGCCUCUCCCUGGAAUCACCAGCCCAGGGCCCAGGAGUUGAGGUCUCCAGCAACCCCUACACAGAGACCUUGAGCCGGAAUGAGCGCAGCCACUGCCCAUCACAGACGGUGAAAAAGCUCCUGGAAGAACAGAGGCGCCGCCAGCAACAGCCAGACGCUGGUGGGGCACCGGGACAGUUCCCACCCCCUCUGGCCCAGCCCCUGACCCCAUCUGUGAAUGAGGGUGAGGUUGGCCAUACUCACUUCCCGGCACACCAGGAGGCUGUGGGUUCUGGACUUGGCAGCCUGGCCCCCGCCACGUGCUUUCCAGAUUGGAGCCCCAAUACACAUGCUGCCUACACAGACAGCCCCUACUCUUAUCCCACUUCUGCUGCUGAAGGUUUCCUGACUUCUGACUUCUGCCCACCAUUGGACCCAGGGCAGCCAUAUCCAUUUCCCUUGGGAAUGGAGGAGCCCCUGGAUUCCCGGUUUUAUACAGAAACUUCCCUGCCACAAGUGGGCUCCUGGAAAGGUUCUGGACUCCCCUCAGGACCCCCACAGUUGCCCCCUGUGGUCACCGGACCAUCCCUGGACACAGCCCGUGCUCAUAUGCUGGCCUUGGGGCCACAGCAGCUGCUGGCCCAGGAUGAGGAGGGAGACACACUCCUGCACCUGUUGGCGGCUCGGGGGCUCCGCUGGGCAGCAUAUGCUGCAGCAGAGAUGCUCCAAGUGUAUAGACAUCUGGACAUCCGUGAGCAUAAGGGCAAGACUCCUCUCCUGGUGGCUGCUGCUGCCAACCAGCCCCUGAUUGUGGAGGAUCUGUUGAACCUGGGAGCGGAGCCCAAUGCUACUGACCAUCAGGGACGUUCUGUCUUGCACGUGGCUGCUGCCUAUGGGCUCCCAGGAGUCCUCUCGGCUGUGAUUAACUCAGGGGUUCAGGUUGACCUAGAAGCCAGAGACUUUGAGGGCCUCACCCCUCUCCACACAGCCAUCCUGGCCCUCAAUGUCGCUAUGUUCCCACCCGACCUGUGUCCCCGGGUGCUAAGUACUCAGGCCCGAGAUAGGCUGUCUUGCGUCCAGAUGUUGCUGCACAUGGGUGCUGAUCACACCAGUCAGGAGAUCAAGAGCAACAAGACAGUUUUACAUUUGGCUGUGCAGGCCGCCAACCCCACCUUAGUUCAGCUGCUGCUGGAGCUGCCACAGGGAGACCUGCGGGCCUUUGUCAACAUGAAGGCCCAUGGGAACACAGCCCUCCACAUGGCAGCUGCCCUGCCCCCUGGACCACCCCAGGAGGCCAUAGUGCGGAGCCUGCUGGCAGCUGGGGCGGAUCCAACACUGCGAAACCUGGAGAAUGAGCAGCCUGUCCACCUGCUGCGGCCUGGGCCGGGCCCCGAGGGGCUCCGGCAGCUAUUGAAGAGGAGCCGCGUGGCACCCCCAGGCCUGUCCUCUUAGGACUCAAACCCAGAACCUGGACUGAUUUUCCAGUCCCCACCGUCCUGUGGGACAGCCAGCGUAUGCUAAUGUUGCAAAUCCAUGAUAAUGUAUGUGGAAUG